AUGUCAUUGAAGAUUAGAGAGGAGGUCAAGAAGCAAUUUGAUGCAGGUUUUCUUGCUGUUGCCAAAUACCUUCAAUGGGUUGCUAACAUUGUGCCAGUUCCCAAGAAAUAUGGAAAAGUUCGGAUGUGUGUUGACUAUCGGGAUCUAAAUAGAGCCAGCCCUAAAGAUGAUUUUCCAUUGCCUCACAUUGAUAUGCUAGUAGAUAAUACAGCUCAACAUUCAUUUUUCUCUUUUAUGGAUGGUUACUCGAGUUAUAAUCAGAUCAAAAUAGCUAAAGAGGAUAUGGAGAAAACCACAUUCAUUACACCUUGGGGCACCUUUUGCUACAAGGUCAUGCCUUUCGGCAAGUUGUUGGGAUUCAUUGUCAGUCAAAAAGGAAUAGAGGUUGAUCCUGACAAGGCAAAAGCAAUCAUGGAAAUGCCGCCUCCUCGCACUGAAAAGGAAGUUCGUGGAUUUUUGGGGAGAUUGAAUUAUAUUGCCCGAUUCAUAUGCCAACUAGCUGCCACUUGUGAACCAAUUUUUAAGUUGUUACGGAAAAAUCAGCCGAUGGAGUGGAAUGAUGAUUGUCAAGAAGCUUUUGAGAAGAUAAAUCAAUAUUUGCAAAAUCCCCCGAUACUAGUGCCACCAGUGUCAGGGAGGCCGCUUAUUAUGUAUUUGAUAGUGUUAGAAGGAUCCAUAGGAUGUGUUUUAGGUCAGCAUGAUGAAUCGGGUUGGAAAGAGCAUGCCAUUUAUUAUUUGAGCAAGAAGUUCACUGAUUAUGAAGCUAGAUACUCUUUGUUGGAGCGAACCUGUUGUGCCUUGGCUUGGGCAGCUCGUAGGUUAAGACAAUAUUUGUUGAGUCACACGACUUGGUUGGUGUCAAAAAUGGACCCAAUCAAAUACAUCUUUGAGAAACCAGCCCUUACUGGAAGGAUUGCUCGUUGGCAGGUCCUACUGUCAGAAUAUGAUAUUGUGUAUGUUACUCAAAAAGCAAUCAAAGGCAAUGCUCUCGCAAAUUUCCUAGCUCAUCAACCGAUGAAUGAUUAUCAGUCAAUACAAUACGAAUUUUCUGAUGAAAAUAUAAUGGCGCUGUUUAAUGAGAAAGAAUCUUCAGCAAAAGACGAAUGGGUCAUGAUGUUUGAUGGUGCUUCUAAUGCACUUGGACACGGGAUUGGUGCUAUACUGAUUUCCCCAGAAAGGCAAUAUAUCCCAGUCAUAGCUAGAUUAUCAUUUGAUUGUACGAAUAAUGUAGCUGAAUAUGAAGCAUGUGCUAUGGGAAUUCAAGCAGCUAUAGGGUCAAAGAUUAAAAUUCUCAAGGUAUAUGGUGACUCAGCUUUGGUUAUUCACCAGCUGAAAGGUGAAUGGGAAACCCGAGAUGCUAAAUUGAUCCCUUAUCAAGCCUAUAUCAGGGAAUUGGUGGAGUAUUUCGACGAAAUUACUUUCCAGCAUAUUCCUCGUGAGGAGAAUCAAUUAGCCGGUUCUUUAGCCACUUUGUCAUCAAUGUUUUUAGUGAGUCAAAAGGAAGACAUGCCAUUCAUAAAGAUGCAACAACUUGAUCAUCCUGCCUAUUGUCAAAUGGUUGAAGAAGAAUCUGAUGGUAAACCUUGGUAUAAUGACAUUAAAAAUUUCCUCAAUGAAUACCCAUUAAAUGCUGUUGAAAAUGACAAAAGGACAUUGAGGAGGUUAGCAAUGAGUUUCUUUCUGAAUGGAGACGUGCUCUAUAAAAGGAAUCAUGAUAUGAUUCUGCUUAGAUGUGUGGAUGCUUCAGAAGCACGAAAGAUCAUGGAAGAGAUUCAUGAAGGUUCAUUUGGGACCCAUGCCAAUGGACAUGCCAUGGCAAAGAAGAUUCUAAGGGCUGGAUAUUAUUGGUUGACAAUGGAGGCCGAUUGCUUUCGUUAUGUGAAGACAUGUCAUAAAUGCCAGACAUGUCAUAAAUGCCAGACAUAUGCUGACAAUAUUAAUGUUCCCCCAACAAGUUUGAAUGUCUUAUCAUCGCCUUGGCCUUUUUUAAUGUGGGGAAUUGAUGUUAUUGGACCCAUUGAACCUAAAGCCUCUAAUGAAUUCCUCUCCCUAUCGCCCGAAGAUGAAUGGAGCAGUUGA